CGCACGAAAAUGCGCGGAGUUGCCUCGUCAGCGUGAUCCAGCUCUUACGAAAAUGUGAUUGGGUUUCUUCUUCUUCUUCGUCGGCGGUACUUAAAUGUGUCGGAGUGCAUGCUUUCUAAGAUUUACUUGUUGGGCAUGAAUGGACAGGUGCAGCCCUCCAGGGAGAGGUUAGGAGGUUUUAGUAGCAGUACAACAGGAUUGUUUUCUGGAAUGGUUGCCACAGACCGUGUCCCAAACAUACAGCUAGGCACUGCAAACAAUGGAUUACCCAUGGAUGAUUCCAAUGUUGCAACAGAGGUCGAUAGCAAAGUCAAGACAAAACUGUUAUCUAUGUGGAAUAAUGUCAAAUAUGGCUGGACCAUUAAAAUGGUGAAACCAAACUUCUCCAAAGAAUCUCCAGUAUGUUUACUUGGGAGAAUUUAUCGUAAAAAACCAGAAGAGUUUUUGGAAAAAGCUUCCGAGGCUGAGAAAACAUUGGACACAGGAAGCGAAAUAUCUUUAGCAAUGGAUGCCAUCAGUUUUGAAGAUGGAAUAGAAGAAUUUAAGAAAGAUUUUAUGUCCCGGCUUUGGUUAACAUACAGAAGAGAGUUCCCCAUUUUGAAUGGAUCUACAUUCACCACUGACUGUGGCUGGGGAUGUAUGUUAAGGAGUGGUCAAAUGAUGUUGGCACAGGCGCUCGUUUGCCAUUUUCUUGGAAGAGAAUGGCGAUGGCAGCCAGAUCAACCAAUAAAGACAGAACAACAAAGACUGGACGAAUAUAAUCACAGACUAAUUAUAAGAUCAUUCGGAGAUCUACCUGAACGUAUAGCUCCAUUCUCGAUACAUACGCUUGUAUCUCUGGGCGCACUAUGGGGAAAACGUGCAGGAGAUUGGUAUGGGCCAUCUUCAGUUGCACAUCUCCUGUGCCAAGCGAUAGACCAUGCCGCGAUACACCAUCCAGUAUUCAGUCACAUGGCUGUUUAUGUUGCUCAAGAUUGUGCAGUUUAUCUGCAGGAUAUAGAGAAUGUAUGUCAAACGCCAGAUGGCAAAUGGAAAUCUCUUAUACUUUUUGUACCUUUAAGACUUGGUGCUGACAAACUGAAUCCUGUCUAUGCAUCUUGUUUAACACACUUACUUACGUUAGACACCUGCAUUGGAGUUAUUGGUGGCCGACCUAAACACUCGCUCUACUUUAUUGGCUUCCAGGAAGAUAAACUGAUUAAUCUAGACCCACAUUAUUGUCAAGAAACUGUUGACGUAUUAAAAGACAAUUUCCCUCUGACGAGUUUUCAUUGUACUUCGCCAAGAAAAAUGUUGAUUUCGAAAAUGGAUCCUAGCUGUUGCGUGGGAUUUUACUUCGAUAACAAAAUGCAAUUCACAAACUUUAUGGAGAUUGCUCCCUCCUAUUUGGUGCCCGAAGAUGAAAAGGUCGACUAUCCUAUGUUUUUGUUCUGUGAAGGGAGCGGAAAAGAUCUCCAUCAAAACAUUGAAAUUGCAGAAAAUAUCCCUCCCACUACCUCUUUUCCAGGUAAUGAAACGUACGAUGAUGAUCUUGACGAGUGUGAAGAAUUCGAACUGGUUCAGUAA